CAGUCAUGUGAUCAGCUGUGUCCAAUCACAGCUGAUCGCAUGGCACUGAUGAUCAGUGUAGCCCCAGAAGUGCCACUUGUCAGUGUCCAUCAGUGCCAUUUGCCAGUGCCCAUCAGUGCCACAUUAAUGCCACAUAUCAGUGCCUACCAGUGCCCAUCAAUGCCACAUAUCAGUGCCCAUCUGAGCUGCCUUUCAGUGUCACCUAUCAGUGGCAGUCAUUGCCACCUAUCAAUGCCAAUCAGUGCCACCUAUCAGUGCUGCCAAUCAGUGCUGCCUAUC